AUGGUGGAAAUCAUGAAGAAAGCGUCGAAACAGGAAACCGUAAAGGCAAGAGUUUUGCACUUUUUUGUUUGCACCUGUGCUCAAAAGGGGUAAGAAAAGGGGAAAAGAAAAGACAGCUGGAAAUGGAUUUAGACUUUUCAAAAGUUUUUGACUAGUCAGUCUAUGUAUAGAAUGCAGGUAGAAUUCAGUCAAAAAGUGAGUUUUUCUAUUCACACUUGGACCUUCAUAUCUCAAGAACCAAACAUGCUCUCAAAAAGUGUGCUCAACUGAAAAGUUUUUGCAAAUUUCGUGCUCAGCAACUUUGUAAUUGAUCAUAUUUUCCGGUUCACGACCAAACCCUCUCAACCAUGUAAUUAGGCGGCGGGACGAAAAGUGCAAAUAAGAAGUAUUAUACUUAUUGUUUUCAGGUCAUUGUCAGAUGCCGACCGUUGUCGUCACAAGAACUCGGAAAUGGACAUUCAAAGUGAGUGGGGGGGGAGGAUUACUGUAAAAAUGGAUUACAAUCUUUGGGAAAAUACUUUACUAGUAAGACCCAAAAAAGAUUCUUCCACACAACGGCCAGACCUUUGUUUUUUGACUUUCAAGAUACCAUUCUGAAACUGUGAACUCAAAUUCUAGCUGAAUUCACAGUUUCAAGGUCUUCAUAAAAUGUGUGAGAAUCGGGAUUAGACAAGUUUUUCUCUUUUUAGAAUAGUGAAUAUGCGAACGCAACGUGGCCAAAUCGAAUUGAAGAAUCCGAAAGAACAGGACGAGCCGACGAAGGACUUCACUUUCGACGCGAUCUACGACGAAAAGUACGUGUUUUUGUGGAUGCGUCUAGAAAUCGCAUUGCAACUAUUGACUGUUUCAUCAAUGUCUGAAAAUGGACUUUGAGAGGCUGUCUCUGCUUACCCUCUUAAAUACCUCCUGCUGAAAUUUACGUUUUACUGACAACCAGAUAGCUUGAAAUUUCCGCUCUUUUCUUAGCUGAAUCGUGCUGCCUACACUUUCUAGGAUUACACUUUAGUCAAGAAAUCAUUUCUCCCCGAUAUUUCUCAUUCAAAUGUACUCAUAAUGAUUUCAGUUCGACGCAAUCGGACCUGUACGAAGAGACGUUCCGAGAUCUCGUGGACUCGGUCCUCAACGGCUACAACGCGACAAUCUUUGCGUACGGCCAAACGGGAACGGGCAAGACGCACACGAUGGAGGGCAAAUCGGAGGAUCCGUCGCAGCGCGGAGUCAUCUACAAGUGCAUCGAUCACAUUUUCGAGCACAUGGCCGCCUCGCACAAUCAGGAAUACCUCGUGCGCGCGAGCUAUUUGGAGAUUUAUCAGGAGGAACUGCGAGAUUUGCUCGAGGCCGAGUCGAACAAAAAGUUGGAGAUUAAGGAGAGGCCCGACGGAGGCGUUUAUGUGAAGGAUCUGACUGUGAGUCGUGUUAGUUUUGGGCGGCAACUAUUGUAUUUGUGUGUUUUCAGUCGAAGCUCACUCGAUCGGUGGCGGAGAUCCAAGAAGUGAUGAUCAGAGGGAACGCACAUCGGUCUGUCGGGUAAGUUGCUGAAAACUAGAUGUGUUGUAAUAUCAAAUGAUCCUUUCAGCCGAACGAACAUGAACGAACACUCGUCGCGCUCCCACGCCAUCUUCAUAAUCACCGUCGAGUGCUCGCGGGUCGGCGGAGACGGAGAGAGCCACAUCACCGUCGGCCGCCUGAACCUCGUCGAUCUCGCCGGAUCGGAGAGGCAGUCGAAGACGGGCGCGACCGGCGAACGCUUCAAAGAGGCCACGAAGAUCAACCUGUCCCUCUCGGCCCUCGGAAACGUGAUCAGUGCGUUGGUGGACUCAAAGUCCGCGCACAUUCCCUAUCGAGACUCCAAACUGACCAGACUGCUCCAGGAUUCGUUGGGCGGAAAUUCGAAGACGGUGAUGGUCGCGUGCAUCGGACCGGCUUCUUAUAAUUUUGAGGAGACGCUGGGCACUUUGCGAUACGCGAACAGGGCGAAGAACAUCAAGAAUCAGCCGAAGAUCAACGAGGAUCCGAAGGACGCGCUGCUCCGCGAGUUCCAGGAGGAGAUUGAGAUGCUCCGCGAGCAGUUGAAGAACCGGAAGAACCGCACGAAAGGCGGCGGCACUCAGAGUUUCUACGACUCGGAACGGGCCAAGCUGGAGGACGAUAUCGAGGCGAUUCAGAAAGACGAUUCCCUCAUAAAACAGGAGAAAGAACGGCUGAUCCGGGAGGUGCAGGAGAAGCACGCACUGCUGGAAAAGGAGAGGAUGGAGCAGGCGAGAGUAGCGGAGAGGAUUGCCAACAUCCAGAGCCGGCUGAUUGUCGGAAGCGAUGAGGACGGGCGGCUGGAAUCGCGGACGAGGGAGCAGCACGCGGAGUUGGAGCACAAGAGGAGGGAGCUCGCGGAGCAGAAAAAGCGGGAACGCGAGAUGGUGGAGGCACUCGAGCGGCAGGAGGAGGACACCGUCGAUCUGAGACAGACCUUCUCGGAUCUGCGGUCGGAGGUCGAGGCGAAGUCGAAGAAGUUGAAGAAGAUGAUGCUCAAGUUAAGACAGGUCAGAGCCUCUUUUACUGUUGCAGAAAUUGCAAAAAGGCUGUUUGAAUAA